AUGGGGGAGCCAGAUCUCAAUGAAGCCAACCUGAGCAGUCUGAAGGCUCCACUGGACAUCCCCAUACCUGAUCCAGUCAAGGAGAAAGAGAAGGAGGAGCGGAAGAAACAACAGGAGAAGGAAGAGAAAGAUGAGAAGAAGAAGGGGGAAGAUGAAGAAAAAGGUCCUCCCUGUGGCCCAGUCAACUGCAAUGAGAAGAUUGUGGUCCUCCUGCAGGGCCUAAAGCCUGAGAUCAAGGAUGUCACUGAGCAGCUCAAUCUGGUCACUACCUGGCUGCAACUACAGAUACCUCGGAUAGAGGAUGGGAAUAACUUUGGAGUGGCUGUCCAGGAGAAGGUGUUUGAGCUGAUGACUAGCCUUCACACCAAGGUGGAGGGCUUCCACACUCAAAUCUCUAAGUACUUCUCAGAGAGAGGUGACGCAGUGGCCAAAGCAGCCAAACAGCCCCACGUGGGUGAUUAUCGGCAGCUGGUGCACGAGCUGGACGAGGCAGAGUACCAGGACAUCCGGCUGAUGGUCAUGGAGAUCCGUAAUGCUUAUGCUGUGUUAUACGACAUCAUCCUGAAGAACUUCGAGAAGCUCAAGAAGCCCCGUGGAGAAACAAAGGGAAUGAUCUAUUGAGCCCCCUCUCUCAUUCCCUGAUGGGGUACA